GGCAGACCUGAAGCAGCCUGCAGCUCGGUCGGACCUUGGACGUUUGAACGAUCCCACCCAUCGCAUUCUUGAGCUCAUCCUAGGGUUGACUCUCAGUUCUGGUGUCAAGGGCUUAUGCGUUUAUGCACGAGAUGUCUUUUUUGAGGAGCAUGCACCGUCAACAUGCUUCAUAGGAGACAGGUAUCAAUCCUCGUUGUCACAGCCUCGAGUGCUUCGAGGAUUUUCCGUACAAGUUUUGGUCUACGCUGCGCAAUAUCGAACACAAGGAUACCAAUAUGAAUACUCUACCACCUUCUUUCCAUCAAGGACGCAUCGACCAUCCAUCGAAAGGUCUCGGACCAUAGAACGCACAUGUCGCAGUUGUAUGCUUGGACUCCGGGCUCUGUAUACACCAACUCCUCCUGAUGCAAAUCUCUUGCUUCUUCGGGCGCACAUUCUUCCGCAACUACGCUUAUCCCUAAAUCGUCUUUUCAUCCGCUUGUCUCUCGGCCACCGCACGGAAAUGUACUGCGGCUCGCUGCGCGCAGCUGUAGCGAUGAGCUCACAUUGAAAUUAUGUUCGACCAUCCUACAGUCGCUAUGUGUCGUUUUCUUGGAUUUCUAGGCGAUCUCCUCUUACCGAAACUCUUAUAAAGCGCGCGAUGAGCCGACUGUUGAUGUUCAAUUUUGAUCUCCUCCCCGCCGCCCAGUAUUCAGGAUGGUGUUACCAUCCCUCCUUGCGCCCCUCUCGGUCGCGCUCUUCGUCUCGUCCGGUGUCUAUGCCGCCUCGAACUCCACCUCAAACACUACCUCAACGAGCUACAACGAUACUUCCAUUCUUUCCUCCGGUGCAGUGAGCCUUGGUGCAUGGCAAUCUGCAUAUGACAAGGCGACCGCUUUCGUUUCAGCCCUCACCAACGAGGAGAAGAUCGAACUCAUCACUGGUUCAAGCAUCGAAUCUCAAAACUUCACCGCUCUCGAUUUCUUGGACAGUUCUUCGUCCUUGUACAACUAUUACUUUGCCUCCGGUUUCCCGCUAGGGAACGCUGUGGCGAUGACAUUCGACAAGGACCUCAUGUACUCGAUGUACAAGGCUUCGGGUGAUGAGCACUAUGCCGCUGGUACCCAGGUCAUGAAUGGUCCCGUAUCGGAGCCUCUUGGAAGGUCACCAUGGGGUGGUCGUAACAUCGAAUCUUUCGGUGUUGAUGCAUAUCUCAACGGUAUUACCUUCGGAAUUGCUGUCCAGGCUAUCCUUGAUGCUGGCGUGGUCCCUGGUGGAAAGCACUUCUUGAUGAACGAGCAGGAGACUAACCGUGAAGCCUCUGGAUCCUUAAAUUCUCCGUCGAGUCAAUCCGUCUCGUACUCAGCUGAUGUGGAUGACAAGGCCUUGCAUGAAACGUACUUGUGGCCUUUCUACGACGGUACCAAGGCUGGUAUGGGUGCAGUCAUGUGUGCUAUGAAUCGCGUGAACGAGAGCUAUGCGUGCGAGAACUCCGAGCUCUUGAAUAACUAUCUCAAGACGGAGAUAGGCUUCCCAGGUCUCGUCUAUGCCGAUGUCAGCGGGCAAAAGACUGCGUUUGGCUCUGCCACUGCCGGCCUGGACUAUGGUUCAUCGCAAUACUGGUCCAACGAUACCAUAUUGGAGGGCAUCAGCAACGGCUCUCUCUCUCAGACCCGUCUCGACGACAUGGCCGUCCGUAAUCUCAUAGCCUGGUACUACGCCGGACUUGACGAGAAGGUGGGAAGCCAACCUGAAGACACGGGCGCGACCGGAUACAGAGUCCGUGGUAACAACAGUCAAAUCAUUCGUGAUGUCGGUGCUGCGUCCAUCGUUCUUUUGAAGAACACAAACAACGCACUUCCUCUAUCCGCUCCCCAGAUCGUCGCCAUCUUCGGGUCUCAUGCUGGAUCGGCCAUGGGUGGUCCAAACUUCCAAUUCUCUGUGGCUGGCGAAGACGACGUGUACUACGGACAUCUCACCUCGCCCGGUGGCAGCGGUGCCCUUUCACUCACUUACUCGGUCUCGCCGCAACACGCUUUGAUCGAGCAGGCGAGAGUGGAUAAUACUAUGUUACGCUGGAUCUUGAACAACACCUACACUUCUGGCUCUGGAAGCGCUUUGGUCAGCUCUGGAACUGGAAGUGCGGUUACUUUGGACGGGUACGCUAGCGGAGCCGAUGUUUGUCUUGUUUUCGUGAACGCUUGGUCAGGAGAGGGCGCAGACCGCACAGAACUCAGGGACUCCGUUCAGGACGAAUUGGUUACUUCAGUCGCUGCUGACUGUAACAACACGGUGGUCGUGAUGAACACUGUUGGACCCAGGAUCUUGGACGCCUGGAUCGAGAACGUUAACGUCACUGCGGUGCUCUACGCUGGGUUGCUCGGGCAAGAAUCUGGCUACUCCAUCCGCGAUGUUCUCUAUGGAGAUGUCAACCCUUCUGCACGCCUGCCCUACACCAUCGCUAAGAAUGAGUCUGACUACGCACAAUUCACCAUCUGCGAGGACGAAGUGUGCACCUACGACGAGGGCAACCUCCUUGAUUACAAGUACUUCGACUACUACAACAUGACGCCACGCUACGAGUUCGGCUACGGUCUCUCAUACACCAGUUUCACGUACGGUAACGCGACUGUGACCAGUUCGAAUGUCACGUCUGGAUAUGCCAGUGGCCAGCUUGCUGUUGGUGGCAGGGAGGAUUUGUGGGACGAUGUCGUUGAGGUCCAGGUUUCGAUCCAGAACACCGGUUCUCGAGACGGUUCCGAGGUCGCUCAACUCUACGUCUCCUUCCCCUCCGUCGCGGACGAACCCAUCCGUCAACUCCGCGGCUUCGAGAAGGUGGCCAUCACAGCCGGCAGCACUGAGACCGCCACGUUUACUCUCCGCCAACGCGAUCUCAGUUACUGGGACGUUGCCGCGCAGGAGUGGGCUGUCGCUGCUGGCGAGUAUGGUUUCUAUGUCGGCGCGAGUAGCAGGGAUUUGAGGGCGAACACGACUCUCACGGUCGAGUAAAGUGAUCGUUUCGGAUAUUGCGUUAAAGAUAGUGUGGGUAAUGGAGGUUACAGUGGUGCAGGGGGUGUGUGGGGAUCUAUGGACAAUGUCUCGUUGUGAACCACCUUCGUUGACUCCAUCCACUCGUUUACAUAGUAGAAGGUUUUCGUUUGUACCUCGGGGUUGAUGGGUCAUUCUUUACUACCUUGUCUGGUUUGCUUGUGCGUUUUAUUCUGGACUAAUACUCUUUAGAGAUAAUAGAUGAGUUGUACUCUGACAACUAAAUCUGAAUCUGCUCCUGGAACUUCCGGCCCAAAAUAUUCUGAUGAAAACAUCUUUACGGAAAAGUCGAACGUUCAGGCUGUCUUUGUCUUUGAGCUGUUUAUUCGUGCUGAGAAUUCCGAAAGGCCAAAUGUGCGGGUCAUGAUCCAGUCGAACGCUCGUUGACCUAGGAACGUAUCCACGAACCAAAUUAUCCACGUCCUUCCCCCAGCCCAGAGAUAUCUUCGUGGGUUUGGCUUGAGAAUCUCGGCCACCACAGUACGUGCGUAUUCGUCGGCUGGGAUGGCUUCCUGAGACUGUGAUGUAUUGACACGUUUCGCUUGAUAGAGAUCUUCCAUGGGUUUGUACAAUGAGUUUUCUGGAAUGGUCCGAGGCUUAGCUAUGUUGCUUCGAACAGAGCCGGAUAUGACGUUGAGCACUUUGACGUUAAAUGGCGCCAAUUCAACCCUCAACGUAUUCCCAAACGCAUGCAAGGCAGCUUUACUGGCAUUGUACGCUGCGCUGAAUGGAAUCGGCGUUAGGCCUGACACGCUCCCUAUGUUCGCGAUUCGCCCGUCUUUGGAGGCGAUGAGUAAAUGCACGAAUUCUUGUACUAAGAUGAUGGGUGCGAAGAGGUUGAGCUCGAAGAGGGCACGGACUUCGUCCAUGUCCAUAUCUGUUACGGCGACAGGGUAGGCUUGUCCGGCGUUGUUGAUUAGGAUGUCCAACUUUCCGCCAGUUAGCGUCGCCAACUCAUCACGUACUUUUCGAAUGGCAUCCCGGUCAGUCACGUCGAGCACUAAGGUCGUCAUUCGACUUCCGAGAGCCGACAGUUCCUGCAUUGCUUCUUGGCGACGAGCGGUCGCUACGACAUGAAGACCUUUGGAGUGAAACUCUUUGGCGAGUGCAUGUCCGAUUCCUCCCGCACUGCAGCCAGUAAUCAAAACGGUUUUUGUUCUACUCUCCAUGGAUAGUACGCUCAA